AUGUCACUUCGAGGAAUCGAGUCUUUGCUCUCAGGGCCAUUCAGGGCUCUCUCUACUUCACCAUACCCGCUUGCCAACGGCUCGGAUAGCAAGCCAAAGUAUGCCCAGCAGCAGUCACCAAUUCUCCUUGAUGAUGAAAAGGGCUUCUCCUUUGUCCGUCACAACACCCGUCCGCCAAAGCCCCGGAAAGUUGGUGUCACAGAGAUUCGGGGUUCUUACUAUUCCGUCAUGGGCAAAAGGUACCUCAAGGAUGUCUUGGAGACAAUGAGCUACAACAUCGACGGCCUCAAGUUCGGCGGUGGUUCCUUCUCCCUCUAUCCAGAGCCCCAGCUCCGCGAAUUGAUCGACCUCGCCCAUGAGCACGGCGUCUACGUCUCAACUGGUGGCUGGAUCGAGCACCUGCUAACCCAUCCCUCCCCCCACGACAUCAUAACCCGUUACCUGACCAAAUGCCGCUCCCUCGGUUUCGACGUGAUCGAAAUCUCCUCCGGCUUCCUCUCCAUUCCCGCAGAUGACUGGCUCCGCCUCGUCGACCUCGUGCACUCCGAAGGCCUGAUCGCCAAGCCCGAAAUAGGCAUCCAAUUCGGUGCCGGUGGCGACACCGACGUUGCAUCACUCGAAUCGGUCGAAGGCGGGACUUCUGGCCCCGAAAAAGUCGUCGCCCUCGGGAAGAAGUUUAUAGCGCAGUGUGGGGUGGAGAGGAUCAUGAUCGAGUCAGAAGGGAUCACGGAGAAUGUGAGGAAGUGGAGGACGGAUGUGGUGAGAGGGAUUCUGGAGGGGCUGCCAAAGGAGAAUGUCAUGUUUGAGGCGGCUGAGCCAAAGGUGUUUAAUUGGUAUGUGAGAGAGUUUGGCGCAGACGUGAAUUUGUUUGUGGAUCAUUCGCAGAUUGUGCAAUUGAGUGCUUUGAGGGAGGGCAUAUGGGGGAUGGGAGAUACUUGGGGGAGGGUUGUUUCUUUCCGGUAA